AUGCUCGCCUCUUUCAAUGACUUUCGGCUGCAGGGUCUUCUCAGCGACAUCACAAUCAAGCGGACGUUUCACUAUGAGAAGAGCUUUUUAAAACACAGGAGCACAUACCACGGCAUGGCGGCGGAAAUGGUCCAUCGCUGUGAGAUUUGUCAGCAAACCUUCGCCAACCGCAGUAACAUGAAGACCCACGAGAGGCACGUGCACAGCUCAGAGAGGCUGUUCUCCUGCAUCAUCUGCUCCAAGACUUUCAAGAGGAAGAAAGACGUGGUCCGCCACCAGAGACAGGUCCAUGAGCGCGACAACCAAAAGUACGUCUGCAGCGUCUGUGGAAAAUCGCUGAGCUGUAAAGCAGGUUUACAGUUACACGAGCGGAUCCACAACGGAACCAAGCCAUAUCAGUGCUCUUUGUGUGAGUCCAAGUUCACCCAGAAAACUGCCCUCAACAUGCACUACAGGACUCACACUGGAGAAAGGCCGUUUGCCUGUACCAUGUGUGACUCCAGGUUUACGCAGAAACACAUGUUGACCAAUCACAUCCGCUCACACACAGGAGAGAAGCCAUAUAUGUGCGAACUGUGCGGUAAAAGUUUUUCGUCUCGUGAAUAUUUGAGGCACCAUUUGAACAUCCACACCGGAGCAAAGCCGUUUAAGUGUGAGCACUGUCAGCGGGGCUUCUCACAGAGGAACUCUCUCAACCAGCACUUGAAGAUACACACAGGCGAUCGUCCGUACAGCUGUACGUCCUGUGAGAAGCAGUUCACGCAGCUCAACGCUCUGCAGCGGCACCAGAGGAUCCACACGGGGGAGAAGCCCUUCAUGUGCAACAUGUGUAACCGCACCUUCACCGAUAAGUCCACCCUGCGCCGACACACCACCACCCACUCCUCCGAUGCUCCGUGGACCUCAUUCCUGGUGGUCCUGGAAGGAAACAUCGAAGACAAGAGACUACCGUCCGAACAAAAGAACAUAGCCGCGGACAACAAGAGCAAGAAAAGUCCCGAAAGAAGGACGGAAGACGAGGACGAGGGCGUGAAACUCCAGACUCAACCCGAAACCACCGAGUCCUCCACCGAGGCCUCCACCGAGGCCACCACCGAGGCCACCACCGUCGCCAUCCCGCCAGACUGGGCCAGCCACGGAGCCAUCGCUUUGGUAAGCCAUGCCGCGCUGGGAGGUCUCACGGUCAUCCAGACGGAGAUCCCAGCAGGGACCAAGCUACAGGAGAUGGUCACCAGCGACAGCACCGGAGCCCACCUGCUGACCUUGGCCGAUUCAGCCGUGACCGCGCCGUUCUCCUUAGCCUCCACCAUGGGUCAGUCCAUUUCGGCUACGGAUAUCCCCACCGUUAGCAUUGCGAACGGUGCGCUCACGAUCGUGUCGGAGAGCCAGUCGGUCUGUACUCCAUCUGUGCUGGAAGUGGCGGCUUCACAGACUAUUUUGGCCUCAGACACGGACGGCAAAGCGAACGACGAGGACAUCUUGGUGCCGAAUGCAGAGAUUGAAACGGUGGUGGAAACAGAGGCCAGUGUUGAGAUGGAGGCAGUUAAAGAGGACGAUGAAGAUGAAGAAGGAAAGAAGCCAUGA